AUGAAGUCAUCAAAUAAUAGUAAGACAAAUAUAGAUGAUAUAAGCAGAGAAACUCAACGACUGAUUAGUGAUAGUCAUGUGCGCUUACCAUAUCACAAACCUAAACAAAAGUCAUUGAAAGACUUCCUUAACAGACAGAAACAAUCAACCGAGUAUCAUGUAUCUAUAACAGGAUCCAAAAAAUUACUACAUAAAGCAUGGGAAUUGAUAGAAAGUAAAGAACAAACUGUUGAAAAAUUUUACAAUGAAGAGAGUGUUCAAGAAGAAAACAAUGAAGAAGUAGCUUUGGAUAAUAGUAAUACUCAAGCGGAAAAUAAUUUUUCUUUAAAUGAAAAAAACUAUGAUAAAGAGAUUACUCUAAACGAGAACCAUAACAAUAGUUUAUCUGAAUUUAAUGACGAUGAAGAAAACUAUGACACUAACUCAAUCAUAGCAAGUGAAUUAUCAUCUGAAGAUGAAGCAAUUGAUGAUGAUGAUGAAGAUAAUUCUAGGCAAGGGAAAAGUUUGUGUCCAGAAGAACCUCUCACUGAAGAUGAAACAGAGGUUUACACUGAAGACAAAUUAAAAAGAAAUAUAGUCAAAACUUUCAUUGAUGACGAAGCAGAGUCGUCUGAAUUAGAUUGUAGUUCAGAUGAUGAAGACAAUCGGUCUAAUAAUUUUAAUAAUGAAUCAGGAGAUGAAGAAGACUGUGUUAUAGAAUUUUCUAAAAAUAAGAAACGUAGAUUAGUUUUAUUAUCGGAAAGCAGUGAUGAUGACAUGGACACUAGGGAUGAAAAUCAUUCAAACACAGAAAUUAAAUUAAUACCAAAUUUAUCACCUUUAUUUAAUGAUUCUGAAGCUAUUGCCUCUACACAACAACUAAUGGGUUUUUGUUCUGGACAAUUCCAAUCCCAACAAUUGGAUGUUAAGGUAGAUGAUAGUCAAGAAGUAGAUAAUUUUGAAGAUAAUUUUGAUUCUGAAGUUACACAAAACGACGCUGAUAGUAUUAUAAAUGAAGAUGAUGCUGAUGAUAAUGUAUCUCUCAAACUAGUUUCAGCUAAAGACUUUUUUAUCGAUGAAGCUUCACAAAACGACGCUGACAGUACUACAAAUGAAGUUGAUUCUAAUGAUGAUGUGUCUCUGAAACUGGUUUCAGCUAAAGACUAUUUUGAUGAUGAAGUUUCACUAAACGGCGCUGACAGUAUUACAAAUUCUCUCAAACUUGUUUCAGCUAAAGACUAUUUUAAUGAUGAAGUUACACAAAACGAUGCUGACAGUAUUACAAAUGAAAAUGAUAAUGUGUCUCUCAAACUAGUUUCAGCUAAAGACUAUUUUGAUGAUGAAGUUACACAAAACGAUGCUGACGAAGAAGAUGCUGAUGAUGAUAAUGCGUCUCUCAAACUAGUUUCAGCUAAAGACUUUUUUGAUGAUGAAGCUGAGUUAUCUGAAUCAGACUGGAGUUCUGAUGAUGAAGAUAGAUUAGUUGGUUUAAAUGACAAAUUAGAAGAAGAAGAAGGUGACAAGGAUAAGCUAGAUGAAAAUAUUGUUAAAGAUGGAUUAGACAAGAUAUAUAUGCGCCAACUGUUGGACGAUGAUAAACAGCAAGUAACUGCACUCAAAGAAAUGCUUCUUGAAGAUGGUGAAUUAUAUUCAGAAUCCAACCGAAAAAGAAAAUUUCAAUGGGAUGAAGCUGAUCAAAAUGAUGUUUCUCUAAAGAGACCAUUAUUCUCAGACAAUGAAGAUGAUAACGAAGAUGAUGCAUUAAGUGAUGAUGACAAAACGGAACAGUGGAGACAAGAACGUUUCAAGCGUGAAUCUUAUUUAUCAGAAAAAAAUAAAUACUCUGAUGAAGAAGAAAGCGAUGAAGAAUCAAAUAAUAUUUUACAGACAUCUGUAUCAGUUGUGAAAAAAACCCAUGUUGUGAGGUAUAAAAAUGGCAAAAGUAAGCUAAUAUCAAAAACAUCCGAUAGUGAAAAAAAAAAUGAAUCAACAGAGGUAAAUGAAAGUACUGAUGAAACUGAUCCAAAUAGUCAAACUUUAAGUACAAAUUCAACUGAUACAAUUAAAACAAAUAAAAUAACAACCAAUGAUUUUACUGACCUCCAACUUGUGAACGUAAUCACAUCAAAACACAAUAAAUGUAUAAAAGGAUCAUUCAUGAAACGUACUGGUGACAAGUUGACUAAUACAUUGUUGUUUGUAAAUAAAAAAACAACUUAUAAUGAUGGCCCGAACCCUAAAAUGUAUGAAGAAAAGACAGAAAUGAAGUCAUUGAGUACAAUCACAGCCACUGCUACCAGUAAUCCAUUUGCAUAUUUGAUGAGAAAUGACAAAAAAAAUGAAGUUGGUGUUGAUUUAAUGAAAAUAGAGAAAACAGAUACUAUCAAUCUUAGUAAAACAUUGAUUAGUGUUAAAAACACCUCACAGCUUCAUCAAGAGAAAAUUCAACAAACAGCCAAACCCAACAAAUCAACCAACAGCAUAUUGAAACAAUUUGAAUAA